AUGUGUUACUUAAGACAGCCAACACGCUCUUUUAGAACAAAUGUUUUUUCAAGACGUUCCAGUGAAAGUACCAGUUCAGUUGAUAGUGAAGUAAUUUUAGAAGCAGAACGCUUAGAAUUAGAACGUUUAGCUCUAAAAGAACUUGAAUUAGCAGUUUCUAAACCUGUAGCUUUUUCAGUUAGAACUAAUAUAAGUUUUGAUGGAGCUUUAUAUGGUUUGGAUGCACCAUCACCGAGUAGAGUUGUUAGUUUUGGUAUUAAAGAUUUUCUACAUAUUAAAAAACGUUUCAAUCAAGAUUGGUGGAUUGGUCGUGUAGUUCGAAUAGGUAGUCCAAUUGGUUUUAUACCUAGUCCAUCUAAACUUGAAGUAAUCAAUAAUAUUAUCUUAUCAGCUAUUGCUACUGCUGCUAAUACUAAUGUGGUACACUUUGCCAAUGAAAUUCAAAAUCCGACAACUAAACCAGCCCCUGUUGGUGGAUUCGGAUCUGCCGACACAACGUUAGAACGUGGAGGAAAUCGUGGAUUGUUGUUGUCUAGCGAUGUAGACCAUCGUGGACCAACUUUAAGUGCUAAUCGUCAAAGGCAAUCGGAAUCACCCCCAGUUCAUAAAAAUUGGAAAGAUGUUGAUGCAUAUGAUGAAGAUGAUUUACGUGAUAUACCACAAACUGUAGAGGUACCAGGACAACCAACUGCCAAGAAACCUCAACCUGUUGGUCCUGGAGUUAAGAAGAGACCAUUCUCUAAAAAGAAUGAAUUUGUGCCUCCAUAUGAAAUUGUACCAUGUAUGCGCCCUGUUGUAUUUGUUGGUCCAGCUUUGAAAGGUUAUGAAGUGACAGAUAUGAUGCAGAAAGCAAUAUUUGAUGCAAUGAAAAAGCAUUUUGAUGGAAGAAUUAUUGUUAGUCGUGUCAGUACAAAUAUAUCAUUGGCUAAACGUGUUGGAGAAUUAUUACAUUUGGAUAAAAAGAAUAUUAUGGAAAAAGGACGUAGUCGACAGCUUGUUUCUCUAAUUGAAGUUCAACAAGAUUUAGAAAGAAUAUUUCAUUUGGGUAGUAAAAUGCAAUUACUUUUACUAGAUUGUGAUACAAUUAAUCAUCCAAAUCAAAUUACUAAAACAUGUUUAGCACCUAUUGUAAUUUAUAUAAAAAUUGCCAGUAUACGUGUAUUAAAUCGUUUAAUUAAAAAUCGUGGCAAAUUACAAAAAAAGAAUGCUGGUGUACAAACAGCCGCCGCUGAAAAACUAUUACAAUGUUCACCAGAAUCAUUCGAUUACGUAAUAGAUCAAAAUACUUUAUCCGCUGCAACAGAAGCAUUAAGUCAUUUCUUAGAAGGUUAUUGGGCAGCAACACAUCCUCCUUUAAUAGUUAGUAAAGCUGAACGUCUUCUUGGCUCAUUUUCUGCUCCAGUGCCUGAAACGAAAGAAGUUGACUCAGAUCGUCCACUUGUGCCUAUGACACCUGGUCAUCCAGGGCUGAGUGUAGUUACCAAAUCUGCAUUAAGUGCAGGAUUUACUAGUCAAGAAAUUAGUGAAUUAACCGGAGCAAGAGCAACUGGUUGGUUAACAGAAAAUGGUGGACAAGUAGAAAAUGAACUUGGACUUACUGGUGUACAUCAUGCUGGUAGCGUUGGUAGUGAAUUUCAUAAUACACAUUUCGGUGGAAGAAAACUUAAGAUUGAUCAUAAUAAUAGUCCUGAUGGCCUUAACACAGGACAUUUUUCAGAUGAUGAAAAUGAAGGUUCACGUUCAAAUUAUCCUCGUACUGGUCGAUUACAUGUGGGUGCUGCAAGUGCAGCAGCAAUUGCUGCUGUCGCCGCUGGACUUACACCUAAAGUUCAAUCGUUACAUCCAUCAUUAUUUCAAGGUGAAAAUAAACGAAAUGGUUCAAUAAUUCGUGAUAUAAAUGGCAAUACUACUCAUGAAGCACCUGGUCUAACUAUGGGUUUAGGAUUGGGCAUAGCGAAUGGGGUUGCAGCCACUAUCAGUGCUGCUCUAUUCCCAAGUCAUAAUAAUACUAGUCAUCAUCAGCAUCAUUCAGCAGAGACUCAUCAUCAACCAACAUCGAGAAUACCACCUCCAACAAUUGCUGCCGCAGCUGUAGCUUCUGUAGUUUCGCCACCAUUAAAAGACUUAGGUAUUCAUCAAGUGGAAGGAAGUGAUGGAACACAAGUCUAUCAAAGUCGAUCAGCCCGUCAAGCAAAACAACGUGAAGAACAAUUAGCAAGAGUAAAACAAGAAGUUGAAGCUAAAGCAUUAGCAUUACAAGCUACAGCAGGUGGUCGACGAAAACGUCGAGAUAAAGAAAGAAGACAAAGAAAUCUUGAUGGUUGUUGGGAUUCACAUGAUGAACGUUAUCAUACUCAUGGAACAAAUGAUUUAUCACAACAUUCUCAUCAAUGGAAUGGGCCACCCGUCCGAUCUAUGGCAAGAGCAUGUCCACCUGAUGAUUGA